AAUGAGAAAAAAAAAUCAAAUAGGUACGAUUUCGUUACGGCCCAAAGUCGUUUCGUGACUACUAAUUAGUAAUUUAUAUUUUCUUAUGUCGGCUUUUUGUUCGUUAUUCUAGUUUAAACGUUACUAUUAUAAUUAUUGAUAAUUGGAUACAUGAUCCCAAUGGUCGCUACAGACUUGGAUAGUUAGAACAAAAUGUUCGUUUGCCGGCGCCAGUAAGUUUAGUGUUUAUUAAAGUCCAAAGUAAAAAUCACUCUGCCUACCGUAGUCCAAUUUCAAUGUUUCCGUCUAAUGGUGUUUGCUGUGGUUUUGUUGUAUGUCUUUCUGGCUGGGGGUGCAGCAAAAUUUCAAGACACUAAACUCAACUCGGGAGACCUGACCCCGAUCACCUACGAUUAUCUUCUGUGUCGACUUUGUGGCGGAGACGUAUCUCCGAUCAUAUCUCUCUCGUCCAUAGAAUGUCCGGCUUCACUAAAAACUCGUGUAAUUCCCCUGUUCGGACUAAAGGAGGUCAAGGUCCAUACUGUAAAAAAUGCGGUGCAAUUAACGUUUGAUGUCAUUAUUCUAACAAAGGCGUACUGCACUGGUGGAACUGACGAUUGGCAGACUGAAAACUCGUGGUUUCCAGGUUACGCAUACAAAUCGUGUGUGUGUUUUCAUUGUGGACGACAAAUUGGAUGGAUUUUUGAGCCUUUACAUUCGGCUAAUAGUGGGAAAAUAUAUCCUUCCCUAUUAGGGUUUUAUGCAGUUAUUGUUCCGAGUGUUGUCAGCGAAAUAUAUGCUGACUCAUUGAUUGUGGUUCCAAAACAUUUUGACGCAUCGGUUGACGUAUUCUAGACUGAACAUGGCGUCCCCAAAAGAAGAGGAUGACUCCAAUAGUAGAUACGAAAUAGAAUUUAAGGAUGGAAUAACCUCGAUAAAAAACUCGCAAUCAUUCACAGAUGAACCAUUAUCGCCCGACCAAGAAAAAGAGUUAUUGAGACUCGAAGAAAUGUUUGCCUUUCGGUAUACAGACAAAGAUGACGAUUAUAUGGCUACGGUAAAUUUUGGCAUUCCUGAUCCGCCUUUUAUUACUUCGUACAGACCAUUUUGGAAACGCAAAUACAAUGAUAGAUCAGAAAGCGGUAAAAGACAAUGGGACGAUCGUUCUGAUCAGAGAAGGGACAACUCAUAUAAUCGGCACCAACGAUCGUAUGACAAUAAACGGCCUAGGGAUAAUUACAAUUAUCACUAUAGGAGAUGAAAAAUUAAAACGAUUUGAUAUCUAUUUCUCUUUGGGUUUUUUUUUUAAAUGUUCUAUGAUGAAUAUUUAUUUAAUUUAUAAAUAUUACUAAGUUUUUGUAUCUUAUUGUUUAAUAUUCGGCAAGUAUUUUUUUUUUUUUUUAAUAAAAUAAUAGGACAUUAAUAUUAUGUUUUGUUUUUUAAUAUGAGCAUGCUUAUAUGGUAUUCGAGUGCCUUAUAAAUUAUAAUUUAAUUAUAAAGAUUAUGUAUU